AUGUCCGACCGCCGCACCACACGCGCUGCUGCUCGCACCAAUCCUAGCCAGGGUGAAGCUACCACUCAAGCAAAGGUACAAGCUCCAGCAAAGGUACAAGCUCCGACGAAGAAAAGACGGUCCCGCAAAGAAGUUGAGGAGGAAGCUCAGCAGCAUGCUGAAGAGCAAGCCACACGUGAGGAAGAAGCAAAGGACAAGGUUGCCGCCAUAGAAGCCAGCAUGCAGCGGAAGCAGGUCGCCAAAGAGAAGCCGAAGCCGAAGCCGAAGCCACGGUCAAAGCCGGCAACGACGGAGACAACAGCGUCAGGUCAAGUUGGAAGCUUGCUGGUCGUCAACAAACCUGGCUCAGCGUCACUGGCAGCUACUCCAACUGGCGCUGACGCGCCUGCUGACGAACUUCAGGUUGAUGCUACAGAAGUUAACCAUGGGCGCAAGGUGAGAAAGACAAGAGAAGAGCGAGCGACAACUCGCAAGGACAUUGAAGCCAGACGCGGGCAGCACACCGGAGAAAACAAGGCAGCUGACCAUCAGAAGUCGACCAAGAAUGGCAAUGUGAAGCCUGCCAGCAUCAUGUGA